GGUACGACACUUUCCCGCCUUGGACCAUACAUUAUUCGCUCGCAACAAGGCGGGCCAGUGUUCCAACUUUAGUCUAAACACUGUUCAUUGUGACAGGUAUCGGUGCAUUUAAUAUCGUUGGUUUUUGCUGGUGAUGUCGGACACAUGGAGCAGCAUCCAGGCGCACAAGAAGCAGCUGGACUCUCUGCGGGAGAGGCUGCAGCGGCGGCGGAAAGACACGGCGCUGUCCUCCGACAGUGGAACCAGUGCGGAAGGUUCCACAGCCAGGAGUGACAGUCCGGCUCCGCCAGCUGCCCCCCCCUCUCAGGAGGAGACGGAGAGACCACCGGACCCUGAGCUGGAGAAGAGGCUGCUGGCGUAUCUCUCUGAUCUGAGUCUUCCAAUGCCAACAGACUCCCUCGCCAUCACAAAUGAACUCAGUUCUGAAUCCACAGUCAGUCAUGGCAGCAUCCAGAGUCUCCUGCUUAAAUUCUCGGCUCAGGAGCUCAUCGAGGUCCGUCAGCCCGCCUCGGCCUCUUCCUCUUCAGCUUCCUCUCCCUCCAUCGUGGUGUCAGUGGACCACACAAAGCUAUGGGCUAUGAUCGGGACGGGGGCUGGAGCCCAGCGACCGGGAGUCAAGAGGAAAACAGAGGAUCCAACGCACCACAAAAGAACUCCCGGUCUGUCGCCCGCCCUUCAGCGCUCGACUUCUCCUCCGCACUCCGCCUUCAGCUCGGUGACGCCGGCGGCCUCCACACAGCAGGCGGGGCCCUCGGCCUCAGGGAGCGGCGCCGACAAGAAGGGCCGGAACAGUAAAAGCCAGUCGUCUCACUUGGACAUGGAGAUAGAGAGCCUCCUGAACCAACAGUCAACUAAAGAGCAGCAGAGCAAGAAGGUGAGCAGAGAGAUCCUGGAGCUGCUGAAUGCCAGCACAGCGAAGGAGCAGUCCAUCGUGGAAAAGUUCCGGUCACGCGGCCGAGCCCAGGUCCAAGAGUUCUGCGACCACGGGACCAAAGAGGAGUGUGGGCGCUCCGGAGACACACCGCAGCCCUGCACCAAGUUACACUUCCGUCGCAUCAUCAACAAGCACACGGACGAGAGCCUGGGCGACUGCUCCUUCCUCAACACGUGCUUCCACAUGGACACCUGCAAAUACGUCCACUAUGAGAUCGACAGCCCUCCAGAGACAGAGGGGGGGCUCAUGGGGCUCCAGGGUGGAAGCACGGAGCUGGGCCUGUGUGGAGGGGACGCCGACAACUCCGAGGGCAAACUGUUCCCCUCGCAGUGGAUCUGCUGCGAUAUCCGCUUCUUGGACGUCUCCAUCCUCGGGAAGUUUGCCGUGGUGAUGGCCGACCCCCCGUGGGACAUCCACAUGGAGCUGCCCUACGGGACGCUGACUGAUGACGAGAUGAGGAAGCUCCACAUCCCCCUGCUGCAGGACGACGGCUUCCUCUUCCUCUGGGUCACCGGCAGGGCGAUGGAGCUGGGCAGAGAGUGUCUCAGUCUGUGGGGCUACGAUCGAGUUGACGAAAUCAUCUGGGUGAAGACCAACCAGCUUCAGAGAAUCAUCCGCACAGGGAGGACAGGCCAUUGGCUGAACCACGGGAAGGAGCAUUGUCUGGUGGGCGUGAAGGGAACCCCUCAGGGAUUUAACCGCGGUUUGGACUGCGACGUCAUUGUGGCAGAGGUCCGCUCCACCAGUCACAAACCAGACGAGAUCUACGGCAUGAUAGAGAGACUCUCUCCCGGCACGAGGAAGAUUGAGCUUUUCGGGCGACCCCACAACGUCCAGCCCAACUGGGUAACUCUUGGAAACCAGCUCGACGGCAUUCACCUUCUCGAUCCUGACGUCGUGGCGCGGUUUAAGAGCUGCUACCCGGACGGCGUCAUCUCCAAACCCAAAAACAUGUAGUCUCACAGGUCUGGUUGAAGUUUGUCUGUAUGCUGUUUUGUUUUUUUAUACACUCAUUUCGUAAAUAAAUGUUGUCAACAAGA